UUAGGGUACUGUACCUUUAAGACCGGACAUGGCAGAAAGGGAAGUGAGAAAGCGCUACUUUCUCGUUUCCCCUUUUUCUAAUUUAAUUCUGUUCUGAGUUGCAGAUAGAGAAGGGGAUGUUCCCAACUAAGACCAGGACUGUUAUUUGAAAAGAAACAGAUUUGCUACAGGAGCUUUUCUUUUGUCUCUCUGGUUGCUUAAACUCUCACAGGAGUCACAGCACUGCAGUCCAGAUGGCAGCAGUGAUGACAGAAGACAACGUGUACAGCGAGGCUGAAUUGCACGCGGUGCCCCCUGCUGACCAUGAGGAGGAAGUACAGCUUCCAGGACCAGAAGGCAACAUCCAGGGGCAGGUAGAGGAGUUUCUGGGGCCCCAUCCAGAUUAUGAUGAAGAAGAGGAAGAACGAAAGUAUUACAGGAGGAAGAAGCUGGCUGUGAUCAAGAAUGUGCUGGGGGCCAGCUGUGGAGGCAUGAUCGUCUACAGCGUUUACUUGGGUCUGUUGCAGAUGCAGUUGAUUCUGCACUAUGAUGAAACCUACAGAGAAGUGAAAUAUGGCAGUCUGAGCCUGCAGGAUAUCGACAACAGGGUGCUGAUGGGCAUCAACGUCACUCCUGUUGUAGCCCUGCUCUAUACUCCUGUACUCAUCCGGUUUCUGGGUACCAAAUGGAUGAUGUUCCUUGCCUCAGGAAUCUACGCACUCUUUGUCUCGACCAAUUACUGGGAGCGGUACUACACCCUGGUACCAUCAGCCGUCGCCAUUGGUGUUGCUAUCGUCCCACUCUGGGCCUCUUUGGGAAAUUACAUCACGAGGAUGGCCCAGCAGUACUAUGAGUAUGUGAACUAUAAGGAGGAGCAUGUGCAGGAGCAGAAGCGAGUGCCAAAGGGAGCUUUCCAUCAUUAUGUCAUCAUCUUCCAGUCAAUCUUCUACAUCUUCUUCCAUCUGAGUUUCGUGUUUGCGGAGUUCCCCAUGGUCUUCUUCCUCAAUAGAUUUCUUAGUAACUACAAUCACACUCUCUGCAAUGUCAAGCACUGCGGAGCUAAGAGCAGCGGGGUGAUUGAUGGUUUUAAUAAGACUGUGCUGCAGCUCUUGCCUCGCUCUUCAGACCUCAUUGUAGUAGAGAGUGUUCUAAUGGGAGCUGCCUUCAUUGCCAUGAUCAUAUUCCUGGCUGUGUGUGGCGCUGCGUAUCGGCCCACAGAGGAGAUUGACCUGCGCAGCAUCGGCUGGGGCAACAUCUUCCAGCUGCCCUUCAAACACCUGCGUGACUAUCGCCUGCGCCUGCUCUGCCCUUUCUUCAUCUACUCCGGCUUUGAGGUGCUCUUCGCCAUCAAAGGACUCAUACUGUCAUACGGUGUGUGUGCAGUGGGGCUUGAGAAGCUGUGGCUGCUGGUGAUGGUCUACGGCCUGUCGUCCUCUGUGUGCUCGUCGUUGUCAUUAAUGCUCCUCCAUCCACGUCUGCAUCGGCACGUCAUGCUGCUGGGGGGAGCAGCGGUUCACUUCAUCUUGCUUGUGGCUCUCAUGUUCUGGUCCUCUAUUCCAAGAACUCCUCAACAGCUGCCCCAGCUCCUUGUGCUGGCUGCUCUGUGGGGCCUGGGCACUGCUCUCAACAAAACCGGGUUGACCACUCUGCUUGGUAUGCUGUAUGAGGAUAAGGGGCGCUUAGACUUUGUCUACACCAUUUAUCACUGGUGGCAGGCCAUCGCCAUCUUCAUUGUGUACCUCUGGUCUGCCCUGCCUAUGAGGGCCAAACUCGCCAUCCUAUUGGUUACUCUGCUGGUUGCAGGCUUCUGUUAUUUACAGAUGGAGCGUCGCCUAGAAAAGAGAAUUCCCUUCAGGUUACCACGGAUUCCCCGUCCACGGCACAAGGUCAAAGGUUAUCGUUACCUUGAGGAGGAAAACUCUGAUGAGUCGGAUUCAGAAAAGAGCAACAUAGAGGAGGAGAUAGAAGAAGCCAGGCAGAGUGAAGAAGAAAAGGAUGAGGAUGUGGGAUCGCAGGGCUCUCAUUCACCAGGCCCAGAGAGGAACAGGAUCCACGGUCUCCGACGGAGACAUGAUGAUGCUGCCUAUGAGCAGGCAGGGGAGAGGGAGGAGUAUGCCCAAGCCAUGUGACAAUGCUGCGUUCGGACUGAACCUGAGACACGUCCCCACAGUUCAUAUGAAUGAUGAAAAAAUGAAGUUGAAAUACUUCGGUUGCAGGUGUUGAAUGUAGUUUUUGAGGAGAGACCAUGGAAUUUGCUUUGGUGUAUACUUUUACAAAGGAAAGCAAAAUGUUCUCAAGUAAUUUAGUGAAAAGUGAAGUGAAAAAAGGAAAUAGCUACAACCCAGUAAGACCGGGCGCUCUUUCACGAAAGAAACAGUCACUGUCAUAUGCUGGAGGUUUUUGCCAGCUGCAUUUCACACACUUCCUUUUUUCACUUCAUGCUUUUUCAAGCUUUUUCUGUUUUACUGUUUCUUUUUAAGCAGGUCUGUAAUUACUUCAUUUUCUCAAAAUAUUGUGAUUGUAUUUCCCUCAUUGUUCUCAAAACUUCUCUUGCUCACUGGGUUUUUGUUUGAUUUUAUACACAACCAGUGAAAAGUUUGGAUACAUUAAGUUGAAUACACUUUUACAUGGUUUUAAAGACAUUUUGAUAAAUGUUUAUACUUAAAAUUUGCUUCUAAGACAAGUAUAUCGUGAAAAGUUAAAUCCUAUGUCCAAAUUUUUUUUAAAUUAAAAAAAAAAAACAGUGUCCUGGGUGAUGCUCCUUCAUGAAGUUGGUCGAGAAGCUUCUAAGAGUGCGUAAAGCUUCAUCUGGAAUAUGGUUAGGAAUUUAAAAAUAUGAACCAGCUGAAGAUAAAAUGGUCAGAAUAGUUCAUUUCUUUAAGACUUUUUUAUAAUUUACUGCAUAAUUCCAUAUGUGUUAUUUCAUAAUGUUAAAAUUGUCAUUAUUAUUCUAAAAUAGUAAAUAUCAAGAAAACCUUUGAGCAGUUGUGUCCAAAUUUUUGA